GCCUCGUGCGGCGCCAGCAGCCAGUAAACAACAGCGAAGAAGAAGACUCACUUCCGGGGAAGGCUGAUCUGGAUUCGGAUCUAAAUAACAUCUCGUCAUUUGCUUAGUCCAGGUUCGGGCUCCGUCGCACCGCCGGAAGCUGAUCCAGAACCAGAACACCGUCGAUAUGGCGACUACCGUCAGCACACAGAGGGGACAGGUGUACAUCGGCGAGCUCCCGCAGGACUUCCUGCGGAUCGCUCCCACCCAGCAGCAGCAGCAGGUCCAGAUGGACGCCCAGACGGCCCGGCAGCUGCAGUACGGGGGCUCCAUCAGCACGGUGGGGAGACUCAGCAUCACGGUGGUCCAGGCAAAGCUAGCAAAGAACUACGGCAUGACCCGGAUGGACCCGUACUGCCGGAUCAGACUGGGCUAUGCGGUCUACGAGACUCCGACUGCUCACAACGGCGCCAAGAACCCGCGCUGGAACAAGGUCAUCCAGUGCACGGUGCCCCCGGGGGUGGACUCCUUCUACCUGGAGAUCUUCGAUGAGAGAGCCUUCUCCAUGGAUGACAGGAUAGCGUGGACGCACGUCACCGUUCCCGAGAGCCUGAGGGAGGGCAAGGUGGUGGACGAGUGGUUCAGCCUGAGCGGCCGACAAGGAGACGACAAGGAGGGAAUGAUCAACCUGGUCAUGUCCUUCACUUCCCUCCCUGCGGCCAUGAUGAGCCAGUCGGUGGUCCUGAUGCCGUCCGUCUACCAGGAGGGGGUGGGCUACGUCCCCAUCACAGGAGUUCCCGGGGUCUACAACCAGGGCAUGGUCCCCAUGGCCGUGCCGGCCGGCAUGCCCCCCCUCCGGGGCCCGGGGGGGCCGGCCUGCAGCGAGGAGGACCUCAAAGCUCUGCAGGACAUGUUCCCCAACCUGGACAAGGAGGUGGUGCGCACGGUGCUGGACGCCCAGCAGGGCAACAAGGACGCCGCCAUCAACUCUCUGCUGCAGAUGGCCGAGGAGCUCUGAGUGCAUGUGCACGUGCACGUGUGGAGAAAGACUGCCCCCCCCUUCUGUGCACACUGUUCAGGUCACAGGAAGUGCCCCCCCCUGCCAACAUCACCAUCAGUGUUUGAGAUCCCGCUGUUGUCAUGGAGACGGCGAGCUCCUCCAUUCCCCCCCUCUAUGCCCCGCCCCUCGUCGUGGUCACGUUCAGCCGCCAGAUGUUUGUCUCCAGUUUUUAUCCAUGAAUUAAGUUAUGAAGAUGUAGAAUAAACGCUGCAGCGAGGCCAGAA